AAGGGCGAGCGGCGGGGCGAGGGUGCGCUGGAGGACCUGAAGCGCCGGUCGCUUGACGGCCUGGUGGCCUUCCUCACCCGUUUGUUCCCGGACCUCGCGGAGAGCCAGGCCGUGCGCUACCUGCUCCUCGCCGACGCCGAUCUCCUCGUCGCCGCCCGCAUCGUCGUGUCGGACAUCGGCAUGAAGAGAUUCGAGGCGUCCGGAACAGCCGUCACGGAGGCCCUCAACAUGGCCCUCAAGUGCGCUGCUCUGGCUGCCGGGCACUCGGACCCCGCCCGCCUUGUCUAUGGCGCCAUGGCGGGCACAAGGUGCCUGUUGCGGGGCUCCUUCCGCUACUCCAGCAUUCGCAAGCAAGACAGGCUGCUCAACCACAGCGGCUGCAAAGAUGAUCUGCCGCCUUCCCACAGCGGCUGCAAAUGCAAAGACCACAGCGGUUGCAAAGAUGAUCUGCUGUGGGCGUGGCAGCUCGCGGCGUUUCGUCGCCUUAGUCCCUGUAAGGUGCCGUUCCAGCACACCCGCCUGCUGAAUCGGACGCUCCAGGACGUUAUCCACGGGUUCUACCUGCAGGCCCUGGCUCGGCUGCCGGCCAGCGAGCUGCGCUCCCGCUUCCACCGCAGCCUGCUCAAGUCCGGCCCUUUGGAUCCUGUCUCCAACAUCAUCAUCAACACCAUCUGGUAUGACGCAGCAUUCCCACGGACCCAUGAGCUCGAGCUGGGUGUGGUCGGCACGCGGAGCCUCCACCGGGUGGAGAACAGCUCCUUGUAUGGCAUGGCCUCCUUCCUCAGCACACGCUAUCGUCACAUCGAUUUCCAUGAAGCUGUACGCUGCCUGCUCCAGGCAGAUGCCAACCUUCUGCUCGCUGAUCCCAACCUUGAUCCUUCAUCCCCCUCUGGAGUGCAGGGAGGCUUGCUGAUGUGCGGAGCUGAUGCUUGCCUUUGCAACGCUCAAACUGCUCAAGACCCAGACACCAGCAUCCAGGGAGCCUUUUUGGCUGCCUCGACUGCAGCGUGUCACCCCAACCCCGACGCACAAGUAAAGCUUCUCACUUCGUGUAAGGCAAUGCUGGGGUCUGCGUUGUCUCUGCUGCAGGGCUGUCACAAGCUCUCCUCUGAAGAUGUUCGGAGGCUUGCCAUGUUGCUAUCUCCUGAAUCCCCCUCCGAGAAACCACUUCCCCCAUUACCCCUCACAGGCUACCCUCGUGCAAAGGUGGCUGAUGCACAUACAAGAAUUUCCAAAAGGGUCAAAGCUGUGUUGAAGGCAUAUGAACAGAUGCUAAAUGGGGAUCAAACUUUUGAGCUUCAUAUGAUUUGUGGCGUGAAUGAUUGUGUUUCUGGCCCUGUGGGCUCUUGUCAUAUCUUUUACCACUCUCACGUCAACUUUGUGGCUAGUACUGAAUUCCCUCGUGGUUCGGCUUCUUCGGUGCUUUUUUUUGCUGAAAUUAGCACCGAUGGCAAUGACAAGUCCUUCUGUUGCCCUGUGUCUCUGCCACCGCCAUGCGCUCCACAAAGUCGGUGUCUUUACUGCGAGUUCAUGGGGAUCAGAAUUGUGCAUCCAGUUGGGAUAGACUUUCAUGGGCGUGAGUUGGAAUUCGAGAAGGUGGUCUGCGGAGAAGACCCCUGUGGAGAGAACAUUGUUCCUAUACUGAGGAAGCCAUUCUACAACAACCUGGACAUUGUGAAUAAUAGGACUCUCAUCGCAGAGGCCGUUGGUCACAGGGUGAAAGAAGAUAGCCUCUAUGAUAACAUUGAUGACAUUUAUGAGCAGAAGCGUCAAAGGAUUCUACGUUCCAAGUGUAUCAGCCCUGCCGAUGUUUUAUUUCUAAUACCAUGCUCUAGCUAUCAUUAA